AUGAACUUCCCUAGACCCCAGAUGUCGGAGGCCGACCAGGCCACCGCGAUGGCGAAGACGAUGGAGAAUGCCAUGCAAAACUGCUUCAUCAAGUCCGCGAUAUCCGGUGUUAUGGGUUUUGGCAUGGGUGGUGUGUUUGGACUGUUCAUGGCAUCUAUGGCCUACGAUACCCCCUACCAUACGGUCGGCGCUGGCGGUGCCGCUACCCCGUCACCUCCCUCCCCUCCAAACUUUGGCAAGGUUGGCGCGCUUUUCGCCGGCAUCGAGUGCGGCGUCGAAGGCUUCCGAGCCAAAAACGACCUCGCCAACGGCGCGAUAUCCGGAUGCCUCACGGGUGCGAUCCUUGCUAGGAACGCUGGUCCGGGAGCGGCGGCCGGUGGUUGCGCGGCCUUUGCUGCUUUUGGUCUCGCCAUCGAUGCGUGGAUGAGGCAGCCCAAGGACGAGUAA